ACUAUGGAAACACAUAAUCUAACUUAUAUCUCAGAAUUCCAUUUCAUGGGCUUCUCAGAGGACCCAGACCUGCAGCCCGUCCUCUUUGGAUUGUUCCUGACCAUGUACCUGGUCACGGUGCUGGGGAACCUGCUAAUCAUCCUGGCCGUUAGCUCUGACGCCCACCUCCACACCCCCAUGUACUUCUUCCUCUCCAGCCUAUCCUUGGUUGACAUCUGUUUGACUUCUACUAUGGUCCCAAAGAUGAUUAUGGACAUCCUAACUCACAGGAGAGUCAUCUCUUAUGUGGGCUGUCUCACACAGAUGUCUUUUUUCAUCAUUUUCGUAUCUAUGGAUGACAUGCUUCUGACUGUGAUGGCCUAUGACCGGUUUGUGGCCAUCUGUCGCCCUCUGCGGUAUGCAGUCACUAUGAAUCCUCGUAUCUGUGUCUUACUACUUUUGGUGUGUGUCUUUAUUAGCCUUUUGGACUCACUGCUACACAAUUUAAUUGCCUUGCAAUUUACUUGCUUCAAGACUGUGGAAAUUGCUAAUUUCUUCUGCCAUCCUACUCAACUCCUUAACCUGUCAUGCUCUGAUACCUUGAUCAAAACCCUGGUCACAUAUUUUGUUGGUGUCAUAUUGGGCUUUUUUCCCAUUUUAGGGAUCCUUUUCUCUUACUGUAAAAUUGUCUCCUCCAUUCUAAAAAUACCAGCAUCAGGUGGAAGGUACAAAGCCUUCUCUACCUGUAGUUCUCACCUUUCAGUUGUUUGUUUAUUUUAUGGAAAUGGUAUUGGAGUGUAUCUUGCUUCAGCUGUGUCAUAUUCUCCCAGGAAGGGCAUGGUGGCCUCACUCAUGUACACUUUGGUCACCCCUAUGCUAAAUCCCUUUAUCUACAGCCUGAGGAACAGGGACAUCACUAACACCCUGAAGAGGCUCCACAGUUAG